AUGAGCCGUCUUCAGUCCCUCUCCACGCCGUCGCGGCGCUCGCGCGCUUCACCCUCCCCCUCUCCCGCUCCGGUGUCUCCUCGGCCAGCAAGCGAAACGAGUAAUCACAGGUACCUCCGCCUGGUCCUGAGCGAAAUUAAGAACGUCCUCUCGACAUGGGACGACAUUCUUCUCCAGGACGGCCUCAAAGCCGGCAAGGGGUGCAUCGACGAAGCGACCGAGAUGGAUAACAUCCUGACGAUAGAGGAUGGGCCCGAGCGCCCCCGCAUCGGCCCGCAUCUCGAGGCGCUCGGCGAGGCGCGGUCAGGCCUCCGCGCAACGCUGUCCAAGCUCGACAAACUCCUCCUCAAGCUCUCAAAGCUCAUUGAGCAGGCCGAGACACUGCUUUUGGAGGCGUAUUCCAAGCAACAGGGACCCAUGUGGCUCACGUGGACGCUCGAGGACUUUGUCGACUCCAUCCCGCCCCUCCUCUCCUCCCAUAAUGGGGAGCUGGUCGAGCUCACCAAGAUUUCAAGUAUUCUUCUCGACCCGAGCACCAAGUUUGAGGCGGCACGGGCGGCUCUGGAGCGGUGGCGUGACCUCGGGAAGGGAGGGGAGAGGUGGUGUGCCGCGCGCGAGUGGGAGGAGAUGGUGGAUCUCGAGAUUGGCGGCGGGGAGGAAGAGAAGGAGGGCCACCGCAGGAGACGGUAG